GCUGUGUUUAUGUCUCUUGGCUGGGCUCUGACUGGAUCUGAAGCUACUUUCCUGGAAGAGGUUUUGGUUUCUUCCACCUCUUCAUCUCAUCCAUUGUUAAAAACCGGGUGCCACUGAGAAGGCUCAAAUCAUGUUGCUACUGCUUCAACUUCUCCUGCUUCUGUGGCCAAGGGGAGCCUGUGAGAUACGCAAAGCCAAAUGCCUCCUGACCCUGGAGCAGGGUGAAGUGGACCCAGACAAUCACUACAAGUCAGGAGAUUAUUUCAUUAGCGGCAUAAUCUCUGCAAGGGACACUAGGUUUGAAUCAUUAAGCUUUGAGCAAAGUCCUUCAAUCAAGUUCCUUGAGUAAGUCCUGCACUGCAUUAGAGCCACUCCAUUUCCAAUGAAUGUCUACAGUUCCAGUUCUCCAAAAACACCAGUCCAUCAUCCAAUCAUUAUUGGAAAUUUCUGCCCUUCCUUUUUGCCAAUGAAGAGAUCAACAAGAAUGUCCACCUCUUGCCUAAUAUCACUCUGGGUUACAAUAUUUAUCAAGUUUUCUUCAAGAUAGAAAUGACUUCAGAUCCGUUGCUGGAUCUGCUUUCGGACGGGGAGGCCAAUGUUCCCAACUACAGAUGUGGAUGGCAGAGAAACACGGUGGCUGUUCUGGAAGGGGCUGAGACUGGCAUCUCCAUCCAAAUUUCAACCUUGUUGGGCACCUACAAAAUCCCUCAGAUCAGUUACAAUUUGGCUUCCCAGAUUCUGAGGGAUAAAACUCUGUUUCCUUUCUUCUACCCGAUGCUCCCUGCGGAAGGAGUCCAGUACCCAGGGAUGGUCCAGCUUCUCCUCCAUUUCAAGUGGACCAUGGUUGGUCUUGUUGCUCCAGAAACUAACCAGGGGGAGAGGUUCAUGAGGACAAUGUCUUCUUUGAUGUUAAGGAAUGGCAUUUGUGCAAUUAUCUAUCAAAGCUUUCCACUAAAUCUGUAUCGGAUAGUUUUAACCCUUAGCAAAUAUUACAAGUGGAGAGAAGUCAAUGUCGCCGUUUAUGGUUCGGAGAUAAUUUCCUUCCAGCUUGGAAUGUUUAUUCUACAAUGCAUACUUCAACAUUUUCAGGGACCUAUUGUAGAGAAAGUCUGGAUCACCACAGCACACUGGGACCUGAGUCUUGAGUUGAUGUUUCCUAAAGCUUCCUUUAAAUACAUUGGUGGGCUCUUUUCCUUCCUAAUACAGAAAACGAAAUGGGCGAACUAUGAUGCUUUUAGUCUCUUUGUUCACUCAGUAUUAAACUUUUCAAAGAAAACCUUUACAUGUUCCUCCACUAAGGAUGACUUUUCGGUGAAAGUCUGGAGGCGGUGCAGACAGAAAGAAGAACUGGUGGCUCUGAGGGAAGAGGAGAUGGAUCGGAUCCUGGCUAUGGACAGUUAUCUCACUUACAGCACCAUCUGGGCUGUGGGCAGGGCCUUAAAUUCAGCUCAUAUCUCCACAUUCAAGAGAUCUGUGAGGCACAGAGGCAUAAAGGUAGAAGCUCCAAGACUGACGGCUUGGCAGCUUCACCCUUUCCUUCAAAGCCCUCAGUUUCACAAUAAUUCCAUAGCUGGGAUAUAUUUGGAUGAGAAAGGAGAUCUGACAGCUGACCUGGACAUUUUGAACUGGAUUGUUUUUCCAAACAAAUCUGUUAAGAGAAUGAAAACUGGAAGUCUAGAAAAACAGACAACGCAGGAUUUUAAAGUUACCAUUGACCAGAGGAAUGUUGGACAGACCCUACCGACUUCCAGGUGUGUGGAAAGCUGUCAUCCUGGAUUCAUGAAGGUGGUUUUGGAAGGGAAACCCAUCUGUUGCUACCAUUGUCUCCCUUGUCCAGAAGGAACCAUCUCCACCAUGGAAGAUGCUGAAAAAUGCACGAAAUGCCCAGUGGGUCAGCAUCCAAGCAUCAACCGAGAUGGAUGUAUUCCUAAGAUUGAAACUUUCCUAUCCUACCAAGAAAUACUGGGGAUCAUCCUAGCUUCCCUUGCCUUGUUACUGGUUUUUGCAACAGGUUUCAUCUUCGUAGUAUUCAUUAAAUUUCAAGAAACUCCCAUGGUCAAAGCCAGCAAUCGUGAUCUCUCCUGCAUCCUCCUCAUCUCCCUCCUGUUUUCAUUCUUGACCUCAUUCUUAUUCAUUGGCCAGCCAAGAGUAACCACGUGCCUUGUCCAGCAAACAGCAUUCAGCAACAUUUUUACAGUUGCCAUUUCUACUGUCUUGGCCAAAACUGUCAUGGUGGUGUUAGCCUUCUUGGCCACAAAACCAGGGAGUAAAGUGCAAAGAUGGCUGGGGAAGAGCUUGGCCAACUCUAUCAUACUUUCUUGCUCUGGGGUCCAAGUUGUCAUCUGCAGCAUCUGGUUGUGCACCUCUCCCCCAUUCCCAGAGUCGGACAUGUACUCAGAGUCUUCUCAGGUCAUCCUGCAAUGUAAUGAAGGCUCUGUUGCCAUGUUCUACCUUGCUCUUGGCUACAUGGGUUUCCUGUCUGUCAUCUGCUUCACAAUGGCCUUCCUGGCCAGGAAUCUCCCGGGGGCCUUCAACGAAGCUAAACUGAUCACCUUCAGCAUGAUGGUCUUCUGCAGUGUCUGGAUAUCCUUCAUACCCACCUACCUGAGUACCAAGGGGAAGUAUAUGGUAGCCGUGCAAGUCUUCUCCAUGUUGGCUUCCAGUGCCAGCCUGUUGUUAUUAAUUUUUCUCCCCAAAUGUUACAUUAUUUUCCUAAGACCAGAUCUGAAUACAAAAGAACGUAUGAUGUCAAAAUAAAACAGAAAAUUGAGUUCUGUAUAUGUGUUUCCCAGAAACCAUCAUCCUCUUCAUUUAACGACCCCAUAAUCCCUUGCGAGGUGGAGUCUGGGCAAGUGAAUGGAGCUAGCAGAGUGUUUACUGGCCGGAUGCCCUUCCAGACGCCAAUUCGGAGAUUUGUUCAGCAGAUAUAUUCUCGUUGUGCCCAGAGAGAGAAAUAUCUGCCUCUACCUAGGAUCGAACUCACAGCCUCUUGAUUGUGAGGCGAGAGCUCCACCUCCAGGCCACCGCACCACUCAUGUGUUUCCCAGAAAUCUCAGUUAAUAAAUGUACUAAAUGGUGUUUGAU